AUGGUCUCAGAUUUAGAUGAUGAAAUUCGUGUUCGUGGAUUAAUAUUAAUUCAAAAAUUUAAAGAAAAAAUUUAUAAUGAAAAAGAUUACAAUCAGGUCUUAAAAUAUAUUGACGCGUUGAAAAAUGUUGAUAAUUUUUUUAUCAAAGAUGAAAAAAACUACAUUAACGAACUUGAAGA